AUGAUUUCAGGAUUAUGAAAUUUCUCUUGUGCAAUGUCAGGCUAAUAACCUUUAUCUCUAUUUAUCUUUCAGCAACAGCACAUACAGAUAAAUCGGAUACGUUUGCGUUUUUCCAUGAGGGAGCGAAGGGCUGCCUGGGUGUACGAGAUAAGAUGCUCUACCUUUCUCCUUCCUGCCAGAGUGAUGCCCAGCAGUGGAAAUGGGUGACCAGGAGGCGGCUUUUCAACAUUGGCUCCUCCCUCUGCCUGGGCAGCACCACAGGCAAUGUGCUCACAUCUGGCAACAAGUCACCACUGGGCGUGUUUCGGUGCGACUACGAGCCUCCUCGAGUGAGCUGGACCUGGAGCUGCAGCAAGUUCUUGGAGAUGCUUGAAUCUUCCUUGCCCUCCCCUAAAUUACUCCUCGACACUGGCAAUGUCUCGGCCACUGCCUCCCCAUCUGCUAGUUCCCCCUCCCAGAAGUCUCUGUGGCGGGUCUAUGAUGACAAUCAAGACCUUUGCGCAAGGUUGUACCGAGAAAUCUACACCAUCCAAGGAAACUCUCAAGGCAGUCCAUGUUACUUCCCCUUCCUCUAUAGUGGCCAGUGGUUCCACAACUGCACCACUCAGGGCAGGAAAGAUGGCCUUCACUGGUGUGCCACUACUCAUGAUUACAGAAAGGACCAGCGCUGGGGCUUCUGCCCAGUAAAGAGUACUGGCUGUGAGAUGUUUUGGAGCAUAAAUACUUUGACAGAUAUCUGUUACCAGUUUAACUUUCAGGCCAGUCUGUCCUGGAGUGAAGCACGGACCAGCUGCCAACAGCAAGGAGCGGACCUGCUCAGCAUCACUAAAGUAGAGGAACAAUCCUUUAUCAACGGUUAUCUAAGUAAGUACAGCGUCACCCUGUGGAUGGGCCUGAAUGAUUUAGAUCUCAAUGGUGGCUGGCAGUGGGCUGACUCCGCCCCUUUCAAAUACCUAAACUGGGAAGCAGAAAUGCCAAGCUAUGAUGAGGAGGAAAACUGUGGAGUGAUCAGCACCAAUGCACAGGGUCGCUGGCACAACCGGGACUGUUCAGUGGGUCUGCCUUACAUUUGCAAGAAACAACCCAAAGUCACACUCGAACCCUUCACCACAGACUCCUGGGCAGAUGAUGGGCGGUACCACUGUGAUUCAGGCUGGCAAAACUUCCAGGCGGGCUGCUAUAGGCUGAACUCAGACAACCAUGACUGGAGCUCCGCCCACAGAAUGUGUCAGAAGAUGGAGGCUAACCUUGUCAGCAUCCACACCCUUCCAGAGCUUGAAUUCAUCACUAAGUAUAUGAAAAAAGAUAUAGAGGAGUUAUGGAUUGGUCUACAUGAUACAUAUAUGCAGAUGAACUUUGAAUGGACAGAUCGCACUCCAGUCAUAUUCACUAACUGGCAUCCAUUUGAACCCAACAAUUUCCGAAAUGUUAAAGAAGAUUGUGUCACCAUCCGGGGGCCUGAGGGCCGCUGGAGUGAUCGCCCAUGUAAUUACUCGCUGCCCUCGAUCUGUAAGAAAGCAGCUCAGAAAGCUGACGACCGGAUUGAUGACCACGGCUGCAAACGGGGUUGGAGAUGGCACAGUCCUUCCUGUUUCAAGGUUGGAGAAGAAUCUCUAACCUUUAAUGAUGCAAAAGGAGUGUGCACUAGUAACAAUGCUACACUCGUCAUUAUUAAUAACAGGUUUGAGCAGGCCUUUGUUAACACCCUGGUGUUUGGACGAUCUGACGAUCAGUUCUGGCUUGGCUUGUAUAAUGACAACAACUUCAGCACUUUCCGCUGGAUAACAGGAGAGGAGCUCACAUACACCAACUGGAACAGAGAUGAGCCAGCACAGAUAAAGGCAGGCUGUGUGGUGAUGGUGGCAGGGCAGGCCGUGGGUCUGUGGGAGGUGAAGGACUGUGCCAGUGUCCGCUCCAAAUACAUCUGCAAACAGAAUCAGGACUCUUUCAUACCCAGCCCUCCUGUACCCCAGCCUACACCCUCCCUAACAGGAGCAUGCCCAUCAGGAUGGAAAAGCACUGAUAAGUUCCGCUACUGCUACAAGGUCUUUCAUUCAGGUGCGCUGGAGAAGAGAUUGACCUGGAUUCAAGCUCACAGGUUCUGCCAGAAACAUGGAGCUCAGCUCGCCAGCUUCAGCACACCAGAGGAAGAGACUUAUGUCUUCCAGAUCAUCCAUGAAGCUUUUGGGGGGGCGGAGGAUCAUGAGCAGCACUGGCUCUGGAUUGGAAUUUCCCGCAGGAAUAGUGACAGUUGGACAUGGAGUGAUGGAUCAGCUGUGACAUAUCAGAACUUUGACAGGGGGAAUUAUGGGUCUGCUGAGUGUGGAGCAGCUAACAUGGCUGACAGCAACUGGCUGGUAUCACACUGUGAGUCUGAGCUAGACUGGAUCUGCAAAAUACCGAAAGGGAAGGUGGAAGAGGAACCUGAGAGCCAUGAAGACACUGGUUUAGAGUGGGUUGAUUUUGAGGACGCCCAGUAUAAAAUGUUUAAACAUCGCUCCACAUGGAACCAGGCUCAGAGGAUCUGCUCUUGGUUCGAUGCCUCCCUGGUCUCCUUGCACUCUCCUAAGGAGAAUCAGUUUUUGGUUAACACUUUACGCAAGAUGUCCCGCAAAGAAAAUGAACUGUGGUGGAUUGGUUUACACAGUUUUAAGAACGACGGGAGAUUAAGGUGGUCUGAUCAUUCUGUGCUCAAUUAUGUGUCCUGGGGACUAGGAGAGCCUCAACCAAUCACCAAAGAGCCCAAAUGUGCCCAAAUCUCCGCUUCAAAAGGUGACUGGUCAGACCAGAGCUGUCACAUUGAUCUGCCAUAUGUGUGUAAAAGGGUCAAUGUGAUGGGUACCAUCGCUCCCACACCUGCUCCUCCUCUCAUGCCUGCUGGCUGCUCCCGGGGCUGGAGUCCUUUUCUACACAAGUGUUAUAAGGUGUUUGGAGAGGAGCUGUCGAGUCGUAGCACUUGGGAAUCUGCAUCCAACAUGUGUCUGACACAUAGAGCCACGCUAGUGACAGUGCCCAACCACAGAGUUCAGGCGUUCCUUGUGACUCUGCUGCCCAACAGCAGUUUCCAUGUGUGGGUGGGGCUCACCUCAGGAUCACAGGCUCAGUUCACGUGGUUUGAACCUGGUUUGCUUAGCUACACUAACUGGGCCCCCGGAGAACCAGUGGACAACAGACAAAUGAAAAGCCCGGGUAACUGCAUAGUGCUUCUCCAUGGAAGUCCUCCCCAAAUGAUGGGCAUGUGGGCGUCUCACAGGUGUGAUGCAGAGAAACACGGCUUCGUCUGCAUGAAAGAUAAAGACCCUACCUUGCCCCCUGGUGUGGACCUUCUUCCCCCAUCAUUAGAUGGUGCAUUAGUAUUUGAUGGCAUGCAGUACUGGAUUUUGCAGAAGCCUCUGGACUGGCGUGGAGCACUGUAUUUGUGUGACUCCAUUAAUGGCACACUGGCAGUGGUGCGGGAUCCUCGGCAGCACGCCUACCUCACACUCGUCCUCAGCACGCUCCGCAAACCCUCCUGGAUCGGACUACACAACGACGGGGCUCAGAGCUACACAUGGCUGGGUGAAGAGGAGCUCACAUUCAGUGACUGGCGGGAUGGAGAGCCUAAUCAAAUGUAUGGAUGUGGUCACAUGACCGUUGAGGGCCAAUGGGCCACAGCUGCUUGCAAUACCAAAUUAAACGCCAUCUGUGAAAUUAACACGGAGAGAAGGAUAGACCACAGGUGGAUAUAUCCAGGUUUUUGCCCAGAGCCUGUAGGUAAUUGGUCCUGGGUUCCUUUCAGAAAUCACUGCUACUCGUUCAUCCUCCACGAACUAAAAUUUAAACACGAGGCCAUACGCAUGUGUAACAAAGUGGGUGCUAAACUGUUGUCAAUAUUAGAUGAAAAUGAGAACAGUUUUGUAUGGGAGCACAUGCAGAGUUUUCAACAACAGGUCCACGGAGCUUGGCUUGGAAUGAUCUUUAACACCAAAGAAGGCAGUCUGGAGUGGUCAGACAGUCAAGUAGUAGACUACAGUAACUGGGAGCAGCAGGACGCUAAUCUGAGCAUGCUGACAGCCAACAGCUGCUUCUGGGUUCAGAGCAACACAGGCCUCUGGAGCCCCGGCUCCUGCAAAAAUGGCACACAUGGAGUCAUCUGUAAACGUCCACGAGGAUCCACAGCAGAGCUUGAAGUUCAGUCUGCGGUCGAUCAUCUCCAUGUAUUAACACAGGUCCUGGUUGCAGCACUCGUUCUGAUUGCUCUGGUGGUGGGAGGGAUUUAUCUGUAUCGUAGGUGGAGCUUCCGCUCCACGGGCGCUUAUGACAGCGCUCGGUACAGCCGCACUAACUCCGCCCCCUCCGAAGAAGCAGGUCUUGUUUCAGACCUGGAGUUAAACGAACAGGGCCAAUAAUGCUGGAUAUGUUCAAACUGAUUCAAAGCACCUAGGAAAACAAAUCUGCUAUGGCAACAACUGACUGAGAGAAUUUAUGCUUAAAGAAAAGGGAGCAAAGUGCCCCCCCCCCCC